AUGACAGUCGCCGUGACCACCCACGGCUAUGUGGCCAGGCUGGUGAAGUGCAUCCUGUACUCUGCCGAGUACGAGGAGCUGGCGCAUGUGGUCGUCGGACCCCUGCACACCAACGAGACCACGCUGAACAUCACCGACAUGCACGUCGGCCAGGCGGCGCGCCUGCACUCCGCCACGGUCUCCUCCUUCGACUGGGACGGGCACGCCGUGGAGGUGUUUCCCCUGGUCAUGCUCAACAGCCCGCCCGUCCCCCCAAAUCCCUCCCCCCCGCUGCCGCCGCUGCCGGCCUUCGUCGGCACCGUGACCUACCUCCCCAAGCGCUGGGGCUACGGCUUCAAGUUCACCGCCGGCUACACGCCCUGGGCAUACCGCAUCGCGGCCCUGGCGCCCAACGGCGGCGUGGUCACCACUUUUGACGUGACCCCCACCGGCGACCCCUACGACUGGAGCCUGGCGUUGGACGCUUACACCGCGCCCCAGAUCGUCACCAUCGUGGCCUUUGCCCUGAGCAAGCAGGGCGCCGUCUCGCCCCAGCUGACGCUGCCCUGGGUCUGA